CUGGAACGGCACAGUAAGUAUGGACAGAAUCUGGCGACAUUUUAUGCAGUUUUAAUGCAUACGACAGCGAGUCUUUUCGUGGUGAAACCAAUCAUGCUGACCCUGAUGGCGGAUGAUAUCAUUAAUAUAACAAAAUCUUCCAUUCCAUUCGAGUCGAGAUUACCCUUCCGCGUAGAAUACGGCAAGAAAUUCAAUCAGUAUAUAUAUCCAAUAGCAGUGCAUAGUUAUGCGGCCGUAGUCGCUCAUUCGUUUGCCACAGUCGUGGCUGAUGCAUUGUAUUAUACCCUCAUUCAACAUGCUUGCGGAAUGUUCUCCAUUAUUGGAAAUGUAUUGGAAAACAUUGGAAAAAAUGACACGGACCAGUUGGACGCAAAAUCAGAUAAAAUUAAAGACGACAAUUAUUAUAAAACUUUACACUGUUUACGUAGACAUCUCGGUGUAAUAGAAUUUGCGGAACAUAUUGAAUCUGUGUAUACGAAGAUAUUUCUGAUAAAUCUUAACUUUAACAUGAUUAUUGGCAGUUUAUAUGGUAUACAAAUGUUGAUAAAUCUUGACAAGAACAUGAAUGACAUCGUUGCACCUAUUAGUAUGUAUUUUGGACAACUCAUUCAUUUGUUUCUACAUUUCUGGCAAGGUCAAUUUCUACUGGAUUACAGCAUCCUUCCAUACGAAUCUAUCUGCAGAACGAAUUGGUAUUACACUUCGCAAAGAUGUCGAAAACUUCUGCUCCUAAUGAUGUAUAGAACAAUAAUACCUUGCAAAAUAACAGCUGGUAAACUAAUGAUUCUAUCCAUCGAUAAUUUUGCCAUGGUUGUGAAGACUUCUCUGUCUUAUCUCACCUUGUUUCGUUCUAUGCAAUGA